AUGCGCUACUCAACCGUCACACUCCUCGGCCUCGCGGCCGUCAGCUCCGCAACAUGGGACGGUCAGUUCAGCUACCCUCCCGGCAUUGACCCCAUGGGCCUGAGCAACGGCAACGUCGAGUUCAACAUCAAGACCUUCGGCCCCCUGACGGGCCCGCCGGCGGGCUGCAUCUCCGUCUGGCACCCGCCGCACCCGGACGUCUACAUCGACGACUGCAACAGCGACAAGGAGCACGGCUGGCACUGGGUCCACCCAGGCAAGCCCAAGUGGUGGAAGCACCCGGGGAAGGACAAGGACCACAAGAAGCCCAAGAAGCCCGGUCACGACAAGCCCAAGCACCCUGAUCAGCCUGACCAGCCGUGCGACAAGUGCGAUCAACCCGAUCAACCCGAUCAACCUGAUCAGCCUGAUCAGCCCGAUCAACCGUACCAGCCCGAGCAGCCUGAGCCCACCACCACCCCAAAAUGGAAGUGGACAACCUCAACCAUCACCCAGACCGCCAUCUCCACCAUCUACAGCUGCCCGCCCAGCGUCACCAACUGCCCCGGCAACGGCGGUGGCACUCAGUACGAGACCGUCACCGUCCCGGCCAUCGUCACAAUCUGCCCCGUCCCCGUCGAGCCCAUCCCGGGCCCGACGUCCCCGCCCGCUGCUCCUCCCCCCGCGCCCACGGCACCACCAGCCGAGCCCGUCCCCAGCGCACCCUCCCCUCCCGAGACUCUCUCCUCUGUCGUCAUCCCGCCCCCCGUCUCUUCUGGCCCGGCCGAGGUUCCCCCCGUGCCGUCGAGCCCGCCCGAGGCUCCUCCCGUCACGACCACCAGGCCGAGCGUCGGCACCAUCACGAGGCCCAACCCGACUGCGACUUCAGGCCGCGCCGUCGUCACCGCCGGCGCCGCCCAGAAUGUCCAGCGCGCGGGCGGCGUCGUUGUCGCCGCCGUUGCCGCCGUUGCCGCCUUCAUCUAA